AUGAGCGCAGCGACCGAGACCAAUGCCAGCAGCAACGAUGCCAAUGGUCAGCCAACACAAGAUACCGUGAGUACGACACCCGUCGUAUCCAACGAUGCCAUCUCUGCGCCCGCCGUGUCCGCGCCCGCGCCGGCGUCGACUCCGUCGCCUACAUUAGCUGCAGCGACGGCGGCUGGUCUGGGAGGUGCAGCACCGCCAAAGAAGUUCACAUCCUUCAAUGUCAACAAGAUGUUUCUUGAGAAGGCCAGCCCAACACCACCACCGACAGCAUCCGCUUCAUCGCCUUCGCUAGCAGCAAAACCAGCUACACCUUCCGUGUCAACAGCCAGUCGACUAUCAGUCACGCCUGCUUCAGCGGCAUCGCGCCUCACGUCGGCCAAGCUCGCAGCUACGCCCAAGCCUGCGCAGCCAUCAUGGGCAUCACCAACUCAAAGCGCAGCAAAGGCAUCCCCACUCCCAGCCUCAUCAGGGUCCGCAGCAGCUGCAGGCGCCACUGCCUCUCCACGCCUAUCGACGACGAUGUCCAACGCCCGCUCAGCCUCGCCCGGUGGAGACGUCAAGGCCAGUCCAGGGCUGCGGGCAGCGACACUGGGGUCAAUGAAUCGCAGCGGCAGCCCAGCAUCAGGCAGUCCAUCCACUGCCGCCACAACGGGCCCUUCUGCAGCACCCUGGGCCAAAGUCUCCAAAGGUCCCGCCACAUCUUCAUCCUCGCGCAUCGCCAACAAGGACUUCCCUACUGCCGCAGAGGCCGCGGCAGUCAAGAAGGCGCAAGAGGAAAAGGAGAGACAAGAGGCGGCAGAAGCUCAAGCGCGGCACGAGCAGUACCUGAAAAGCUUGGACCGCUUUCGUGGGACUACGAACACGCAGAGUGGUGAGCACUGGGACGAGCUCGAUGAUGAGGACGGCGGGUUCCUCGACGAGGUCGUCGAGUUUGCAGAUGGCACGCAGUACAAGAUUCCGGCCCAUCCUUCACAGAAGGAGAGCGAGAUGGAUCAUGCUAAAGAGGGCGCGACAGGGCCGGGAGGUGUACCGGUGAGCAAGGAGGAGCGAUUCAGAGAUGUCAACCACGAUCGCAGCUGGCCACAGAAGCAAGCUCAGGCUCAACAGGCGGCAGUAACGUCAGGGCAGGCGCCGCCAGCAUCGCAGCCGCAGCCGCAGCAUCCGGCACAGUCCGCCCCACGAGUAGCAGCGCCCGUCCAGCAGCAGCCGGCUCGACGCCCUGUUGUAAAAGAGACACUCGACAUCAUGUCAGGCGAGGCGUCCAUCUCUCUCGACUCGUAUGCAGGACGUGGCGGAGGGUAUGAUGCAAGAGGAGGAUCGCGCUUUGGAGGGCGGCGGUACGAUGACGGGUCAGGGGGAGCAGGAGGCGGUGCAGGAGGGGCCCCGCCUGUCAAUCAGGCUGCGGUCCGAGCUUGGGGACCGCUGGCGCAGCGCAAUCAGACGCACCAGUCGCUCGGUACUGGUGCUCCGAAGCCCACCUCGCCGCCGGCCAGCAAUGCGACUACUUCGCCGACGAUGGCUGCGCCAGCGCCUGAAGCUCCUCCGCAGAUCAAGUCUCCGCCAACGAUCGCAAAGCGCCCAUCGCCUUACGCAGCGACUAGCAAGCCCGCAGCCACAACGGCAGUCUCGCCACCCCCGCCGCAGCAGCAGCAGCAGCAGCAGGCCGUAGCCCCCGCGCCAGCUCCAUCGACUGGGAGAGCCCUGCCCCCGCAUCUCGCCAUCCAACAGCAGCAACAGCAGCAGCAGCAGCAGCAGCAGCAGCAACCACAAUCGACGCCGCCACCGCCGCCGCCUCAGGCAAGAGAAAUCGAGCGCCCAUCAGCACCAACUCCAUCAACAGCGGCAGCUGCUACGAGCUCGCCCUCGGCCCCAAUCGUUGCGCCCUCUAAGCCCAUCGUGCCUUGGGGAAGAAGAGCAGAGCCGGCUGCCCCUACCAGCCCACCUGCGCAACCUGCAGCUCCAGCACAAGCAGCUCGCAGCCCGCCCUCUUCUGUCCGCUCUCCGGCCGCCGCAGCUGCCCCUCCCGCCGCCUCGACCGACGCGUCCGACCGGCAAGAGAUGCACUCAGCAGUGGAACGUGCUCGUCGACGUCGGGAAGAAGAGGAGCAGCUUCGAGCUGCCGAAAAAGAGCGGGCGCGUCUGAAGGCCGCGGCUAUCGAGGAGAAGAUGAAGGCCGAGGCUGAGGCGAAAGCCGAGAAGGAACGGGCAGCCAAGGAGGCGCAGGAGGCUCAAAGGAAGAAGGCCGAGGGAGAGAGGCAGAAGCGAUUGGAGGAGCAGAGAAGACAGGCAGCCAGUGCUGAGGAGGCGCGCAAGAAGCAGGAGACGGCAGCCGCUGCGGCUGCUGUUGCUACAGCGACGAACGCGAGGCCGAGCUUGUGGGAUCCUAAGGCUGCGGCUCCGCACGGCACGAUGCCGAUGCCUAACGGACGCCCCUCCCCUCCCACCGUCCUCUCACCAAGCGACGAAGCCACUUCAUGGCGUCGUAAAGCGCCCAUUGCUGCCCCUCCCGGUCCGGCGGCUAGACGCUCUCCAACAGCUCAGCCGUUUGCGGCUUCGCCCAAGGGUGCUACAUCGCCAAAGCAAGGCAGUCCGCCGUCGCCGCAACUGCUCCGUCGCCCUGCGCCUGGCCUGCCCUCUACCUCGCUGGAGAGUAUGGCGAGCUUGGAUAGUGUGAUUGAUCAGAUCAGGGCAAAUGAUGAUGCCAGCGCCAAGGCGAGGGAAGGGGGUGCUGCUACGCAGCCUCAAUCUCAGACCCAAGCUCAGGGCUCGACGCAGAAAGGUCUUGCGAUUAAGGGAGUGUCUGGUCAGGCGCAAGCUGGACAACAGCAGCAGCAGCAGCAGCAGAAGGGCUCCGAGGUCACAUCCUCAGCUACAGCACCAGGGCAACGUCCGAUCCCCACCGGGCCACGCGCUGCCGCAGGAGGAAAUGACGCGCCUCGAGGCAAGCAAGCUACUCCUCAAGUAACAGCUGCGCCGUCAGCCAAGCCUGUCGCUCCCCCUCGUCCCGAAUCCUUCGCCACGCGGGAGUCCUUGCCCCUCGACCCGCCCCCGGUAUGGAACAAGUUCAAAGUCCGGGUCAAUCCCUCCUCGUGCAAGGCUUCUAAGCCUGCUACCUUAGGCCAGAACAAGGGGAAAGCUCCGGUCCACCCGUCCGCAUCCUCGCUCGCCUCUCAGCAGCAGGCUCAGCCUCGCCAGCCCUACAUCCUGACGUGGGAGCCACCGCUCGUGACACUGAGCGCGCGUACGCUGAAUCGAGACGAUGAAUUUUUCAGGAAGCGAUUUCAAAGGGGCAAGGUGAUCAGUGAGGUCGUGUUGCCAAAUAAGGACAAGGAGAUGAGAAGAGGGGCUGGACCACCUGCUGAGCUCGGAGUGAGGAAAGGAGCGGAAAAGGCCGGCACGGUUCAGCAGGGUGUGCCUGCUGCAAAGGAGGUAGAGCCCUCUGCAACCGCAGCACUUUCUCCCGGAUCAGUAGCCGUCAAGCUCCCCUCGCAGGCAUCCGCCUCGAAGACGGGCAAUCUGAAUUCGCCGCGAUCGUCUGCACCGGCAGCUCAACCAGCCGCAUCUCCAGCUGGUCGUGCCCCACCUACGGAGCCAGCGUCCAUGCGCGCGCGUGGCCACUCAUCGUCUGCGGCGACCAGCCCAUCGGCGACAUUUGCUGCGGGACCGUUCGCCACGACAUUGAAGCCAAGCCUAAGCAGCGCGGAAGCCCAGCGCGAUGCGAACGGAAGCAGCUUGGCUACGCCCUCCCCGUCAGCAAACGCCUCAGCGCCAGCUGCGGGGGCCAGCUCUUCCCCAUUCGCCUACCAGUCCUCCUUCCCCGUCGACCUUUCCUCGACCACUCGGCCAGAGCUCGACUUCAGCGCCAGCAGCAGCAAUGCGCAACGCGGUGGCGGGUUGGCCUUCUCGCAUCGAGCUGUGAUCGGGAGCGGGCGUGGUGGCCAGCCAGCCUCAUUCGGCACUACUCGCCCAGGCGCCCACUCACCGAGCUUCAUGGUCAAUUCCGAGCUAGGCGGGCCUUCGCCCUCUUCAGGAGGAAGCGUAGCGCAAAGCAGCAGCCUCGCAGGCUCAUCGGCCCUGUCUGGCCUUCCCGUCUCCCCUUCCCCGUCUGUGGAGAUGCCCGUACCCCACCACCACGCAGCAGCAGGGGUCCCCUUGACUUCUUCGACUUCGCUGCCCGCCUCGAGGGUGCAUAGCACCAUGCCUACUCCACUCCUUCCUACCGCCGGCUUGGCGGGCAACUCUGGGACGAGCUCCACAUGGGGUCACGGACCUUUGACGUUCCUCGAGAGCAAUGCUGCCGGUAAUGCGAGCGGUGGAGGUGCGCAACAUGGAGCUAGCCGCUACUAUCAGGCACGACCGCACAUGGCCUCCAUGAUGAUGCCUUCAGCGAGCCAGCAAAGCACCGGCGCCGCCUCGUCGACUCAAGCAGGGUCACACGGCUCUGCUGAGCUAGGCGAUGUGGGAACGGACAACUUCCUCCCCUCCAGUCUGCUAGAUGACGACGCAGCCACACCUUCGCCUGGGGGUAUGCACGGACGCAACGGCGGACUCGGAGUGGGAAUGGGUGGUCCUGGGGCAACGAGGACAACGAGCUUGCUGGGCAGCAGGAGUGCUGGAGACUUGCAUUUCCAGCAACAACAUGCUCACCAGCAAGGCUAUGGUCAGCCGUCGGCGUACUUCCAGCAGGGGAAUGUCGCACAAUCGCCGUACUUGCUGCAGGCGCCCGGAGCAGGUGGCUACUACCAGCAGCAGCAGCAAUACGCGAGCAUGCCACAGCCUCACCAUUACGGUAGCGGUCAGCAGCAUCAGCAGCAGCAGCCACAACAACGCUAUGGAGGCUACCAGCACUACGCGGCCAGCACGAGUAGUCCUUACCUCGAUAUCGCAGCGCACAGCCCCACAUCUUCGCAGCCAACGGCGCAGUCGCAGGCGCGAUACGGCGAGUCCACGGGCUCUCGAUUUGCAGGGCGCGGCUUGUCGUCGACGUCGACGUCGAGUUCGGCGUACGGCGUACCCCCGCACAUGAGGCUCCCACAGCAGCAGCAGCAGCAGCAGCGGCAGUAUGGCAGUCCCUCUGCCUCGAUGAUGGGAUCCGCCACCGGCCCCGUCGAUGGAGGAUCGGGGGACGCGGCCACCUCUGGGGAUGAGAGCGAAUACUAUGUACCUCACCCGCAGCAGCAGCAGCAGCAGCAGCAGCAGCAGCAGAAGCAGGCUCAGCGUCAGGAUGGGCGAUACGGAGGCUGGGGCAGCCAAUCUGCCGACGGCCUUCUUCCCUCCGCCUCCUCAAACAGCGCGGCGAAUCGCAGCCCAGCGGGCUCGCGGAUGCUUCCCUCCUUUGGCGCGUCGUCUGCCUCAUCCUCGCCUUCUCGCGGGUACGGCAGCUCUGCCAGCAAGACGCCAACGCCCCGCUAUGCCCAGCACUCUGAUGGACCGACGGACCCAGCUUUGUCCUUGGGAUCGCAGCGUCUGAGCGCGACUGCUCAGGCAUUCACGGCUGGCGGGACAAGGGGAUCGCCACAGCGUCGUGCUGCUCCCUCCUCCCAAACUCAGCAGGGUCAGCAGGCGGGACAGAGGAGGAGCGCCUCGGCUACGGAGGCGAGUGGUGCGAGUGGAGGAACGGCGGACGACGGCGAGGAGAGUAGGAGGGUAAAGAGCCAGGCUAUGGCUGCGGAUCUUUGGAAGUGA